AUGGUGCAAGAUUUUAAUUACCACGCGCAAAUGAAAACGAGACGAGUGGGCCCCGAAAAAUGGCUGAUAUCCGUCCCUAUUGUGAUGUCGGAGAGAUUUCAAGUGAAAAACUAUUUGCUAGACAGCCCAGACGGGCGCUCAGGGGACAUCUUCAAAGUCAAAGAGUCGGCUCUCAAUUACGUGGCUUCUCCAAGAAUAAAGAGAUUAGCUCGACCGAAACCACGAAUCGAUGCCGAUCAGAUGAGGGCCUCUGAAAGUUUAGAAUCGACAAUUUCUCGCGUGAAAAUGAGCGCUCUGAGCUACAUGCCUUCCAAAAGAAUCCUACAAUUAGCCAGGCCCAAGGAUGCUAUUCAUGAACGUAAAGUAAUUGGUUCGUAA